AUGACGUUUAGUAAAAAUUUUUAUUUAUUAUUUACCAUUGCGAUUCUAAUCGACGUCGUGUUUAACUUACCGAAAAAUGAUGAUGACGAAUUUGAUAUUAAAGCAUUUUCAAAUUGUCGUAAUUUGCAUUUGAAAAGAGGAAUUGGAGAAUGUUGUAAAAUCACUAAAAAAAAAAUAUGGGGUGAUCUCGAAUCAUCUUUUCGUAAAUGUAGAAAAAGGAUCAAAUCGGUUUUAAUUGAUACGACAACUACGUCAUCAGUGCCCGAUUUUAAAACGGUAAUUGAAAUGUCGAUUGAUGAGAAAAUUUUCCCGGAUAAUCACUUUGCACUUAACUAUUACAUUCCUCGUAAAAAAAAACAUGAUUCGUUUGAAAAACAGUGCUUUUUAGAAUGCGUUCUCAAAGAAGAAGGUUUGAUAAUUAAUGAUAGAGUGGAUAAAAAUGGUAUUUUACAAAGAUUUACAACGACUUUAAAAUACGAUUAUAAAUGGCGUGCGGUUGCUAUUAAAGCUGCUGAAAAAUGUAUGAAUGAAAAAAAUUAUGAUAAUAAUAAUAAUAAUUCAUUUGUUGGUUUGUGUAAAACCGGUUCAUCUGAAAUAUUUAAAUAUGAAUAUUGCACAAAUCUCAAACAUUUUUAUCUUAGGUGUUCGAACGAGUCUCAAAUUUCUUCAGAGUAUAAUAAAUUUCAAUCAUAUUCAAAUGUUGACUAUUCAAUAGAUGCUCUCACACUGGAACCUUAA